AUGAAACCUAUGGCUGUUCUUCGUCCUCCUACCAUUUCUACAUGCGCUCCAUAUCCAAACCUUCCAUCCCAAACAAAACGUCGUCGCAUUAAAUUACCAGGCUUUCGUGUGCUGUCCUCCUCCACUUCUCCACCAGAGCCGAUAAGACCUGAAAGUAAGGCUUCACAGCUGGAAGAAUACAAGCCAGGAGUUUUGGACGAUUUGUUCCUCAACUUGUUCAGGAGCAAAAUGGUCAAGGAGGUUGGAUGGGAUUCAAACAAACCCGGAUACGAUGGACUUAUAGAAGUGGCAAGCCGUCUUAUUAUGAAGAACAAAAACAAUUCUGAUACUCAAGAUGCAGCGGUACGAAUAUUGAGGUCGCUGUUCCCUCCAUUUCUAUUGGAGCUUUAUAAAAUGCUUAUAGCACCUAUAGCGGAAGGAAAGGUGGCUUCCCUUAUGGUAGCAAGGGUAACUGCGGUCACUUGUCAGUGGCUUAUGGGACGAUGUACGGUCAAUUCCGUGGAUCUACCCGACGGAGCGUCAUGGAGCAGUGGGGUGUUUGUAGAGAAAUGCAAGUACUUGAAGGAAAGCAAAUGCGUUGGUAUUUGUGUCAAUACUUGUAAGCUUCCCACGCAGGUCGUCUUUCUUCAAUGAUUAUAUAUGGGUGUUCCUCUGUUAAUGGAGCCAAACUUCAGCGACUAUAGCUGCCAGUUCAAAUUUGGGGUACUUCCUCCACAGCCUGAAGACGAUAGCGCCCUCAAGGAGCCCUGCUUGGAGUUGUGCCCCCACGCCGCUCAUCGCAGAGAAGUUUCCGGAAUGAAUGUUGAACAAUGCCAGAAACCAUGAAGCUGUGCUAUGGUCCGCCCCAACAACAUGGACGCACAGAUUACUUCUCUAUAACAUUCAGGAAUUAGGAUUGGAAGAAAGAGAUACACAAUAAUACCCAUUUGUAAAUUUAAGGGUUUUUUCUUUUCUUUUUUUUGAAGUUAUGAUAUUCUUUUUGCAACAAUCAAAAAUUGAAUUUAUCGCUCUA